UUAAAGUUUUUUCUGUGCCAACUUCACGGUAGUAGUUUUCAUUUAUUGUGAUUGUGGCAAUUGGGCAAAACAUUGUUGAUGAAAAAGAAAAUAUUCAUUCUCGUUUAUUUUUUCGUUUGCCAUGACUUCUUCAAAGUAAAAGGAGUUAUUACUGCUUUUAAAUGGCUAUGACACUGAGUACACAAUUGUACAGUGUAAUUAUUGUUAUCUUUGUUUCUCUCACAGACGCAAUUGAUAACACGUACAAAGUUGAUUGCAAUAAUUUACGACUGGGCCAGUAUAUCUGCCCCCAUCCUUAUUAUGACUUUAUUGAUGUGAAGACGCAACAAUUAGAAGGUUGCACAAAGGAAAACAAAGCUAAAGUUUUAUGCUUAGCAGCAGAUGGUCUUAUUUGUACAGAAUCGGAAAACAACACUUUUAAAAAGACCAUCCCUUGUAAGUGGACUAAUGGAUACUCAUUUGAGACAUCCCUUCUACUUUCAAUUUUCCUUGGUAUGUUCGGAGUGGACAGAUUUUACCUCGGAUAUCCGGCACUAGGACUAUUGAAACUUUGUACAUUAGGUUUUCUAUUUCUGGGUCAAUUUUGUGAUAUAAUAUUAAUAGCAACUCAGUCUGUUAGACCCGCGGAUGGAUCGCAUUAUGUAAUGUCAUAUUUUGGAGCAGGAGUGACUGUUGUUAGGAGUAAUAAUUUUACAUAUCGAUUGCCGCAACAAGACUGGUAAACGAUUUUUUAUAAGUAUGAAUGUGGAUGUGAAUAUGUAAACAAAGUUUAUUUAUAAAAAUACAAAAUUUAUUUAUCAA